GAGUGCGUGCGUGCGUGUGGGGAGCAGCCGUAGGAGCAGGGGCCGGGACGGGCAAUGCCCAGGGGCUGCGUUGGGGAAGACGAGGAUUGUCCUCGAGCUAUGAGCAGGGCGACUGGCCGCGGGGUGCCCGGGCUGCGUGGGGCCGAACUGGCGGCGGAGCGGCCGGGCCGCUGUGUAGGGCCCAGCAGGUCGGGGCGCGGAGUUCGGCGGCCAUGGGGGAAGCGCUGGGGCGCAGGGUCGUCCCGAGGCAGUGGAGCGCGACGCCAGGCGAGGUCCUCGGUAUGGGAGACGAGCUGUGUGAGUGCAGAAAGGCUGCAGGACUGUCGGCGGCCAUGGGGGAGAAGACGAGCCGAAGAGACAGCCGAAGCCGCGGGCGCGAACGCGGCCUCCGGGACACCUGCCACUGCAGGCUCGACUGAGGCUGCAGGGGACCCUGGGACGGUGUGGGUGAACGGGGCCGUGGGGGAACCGCAGGUGGUGGGGCCUGCCGGGUCUGUGUGGGUGACUGGCACUGGGGAGGAGGAGGAGACAGUGUAUCGGAGUCCCCGGUGCUGUGAGAGAAAAGGCCGUCCGGGAUCUAUGGGGCAUGAGAGCAUUCUAGAAUUGUGGUUGAAGGUGCAGGCUAUGAGGGCGGCUUCGGGAUGUGGGGAAGGAAGCAGAGUCGAGCUUCAUCCUGUGCCUGCAGGAGGGGGACCAGUUGAAAGGGGUGUUCCUGGCCGGGCUUCAUGGGUGGAGACCAGCCGCGUGGGUCUCACAGGACCGUGGGUGAAAGGACAGGCCGGGGCAGUCCCCCGGGCCACAGGAGUAUCUACAGCUGCAGGCCUAGGGGCAGGUUGUGAGAGGACCUCAGGCUCGUGUGGGCAAGGACAGGCUGUGAGGGUGCUUCCUGUGGGUGUUCCUGGAACUCUGGAGACAAGCUCAGGGGUUGCCCCGCACCUGCUGGGGAGAGGACAAGCGGUGGGGGUGCCUGGGGCUGGAGAGAAGGUAGGCUAUGGGGUUGCCCCAGGUCCUUGGGGAAAAGGACCCACUAUGGGGGUGCCUGGGGCCAUGGAGUGGCCUGAGGCUGUGGAGGUACCCAGAGCUGUAGAGGGAGGGAUAGGCUAUGGGGGUGCUUCGGGUCUGUGGGAGAGAGGGCAGUCAGUCCAGGUGCCUGGGGCUCCGGCUCAAGAGGCAGCCUGUGGCGAUACCCCAGGCUUAUGGGGAAGAGGACAGGCUGCGGGGGUGCCUGAUGCUGUGGAGGAAGAAACUAUCUCUGUGGGUGCCCCAGGCAUGUGGCGGAGGAGACUAGCUGUGGAGGAGACAGGCCCUGGGGGUAUUCCUGGCCUGUGGGGUAGUACUGCACAGCCUGUAGGAGUGCCUUGUGCUAUUGAAGAGGAAGCUAGAUGUGGGGGUGAUCCAGGAUUCAGGGAAAGAGGACAGGCUGUGUGGGUAGAGACAGGCUCUGGAGGUGACCCAGGAUCAUGGGAAGCUGCACAGACUGCAGAGGUAUCUGGUCCUGAGGAGCAUGAGGCAGGGCCUGGGGGUGCUCCAGGUCUUUGGGGUGUAGGGCAGGCGAUGGGAGUACCUAGGGCUUUGGGGAAGGAGACAGGCUGUGGGACUGUCCCCAGGCUGUGGGAGACAGAACAGCCUGUGGGGUUGUCCCAGGCGGUGGUGGUACCGGGAGCUGUGGGAGAGCAGACAAGCUGGGAUGGCGGUAUCCCAGGCCUAUGGGGUAGGCAGCAGGCUCUGGGGGUGCCUGUGGCUGAUGUAGUGCCGGGGGUUGUUGGGGAGGAGACUUGCUGUGGGAAUGUCCCGAGUCUGUGGGAGAGGAGGCAGGCUAUGGGGGAGCAAGGGGCUCUGGUGCCUACAGUUUUAGGGGUACCUGGGCCUGUGGAUCAAGAGACUGCCUACGGGGAUGUUUCAUGUCUGUGCAGGAGGAGACAGGCUGUGGGGUUGUCUGAGACAGUGGGGAUACCUGAGGCAGCAGGUGUGCCCAAGCACAGGUGUGCCCCAGCAGGAGUACCGUCAGCUAUGGGUGUGCCUGGGUCUGGAAGAGUGCCUGCCAGGGCACCUGCUGCUGUGUGGGUGUCUGGCCCUAUGUGUCAGGAAAGCAGUUCUAGAGAUGUCUUGAACCUGUGGGAAAGGAUUCAUACUGCUGGGAUACCCAUGGCUUCAGGGGUCCCUGUGGCUCCUGAGGAGCUGUGGUCUGUGGGAGAGGAUCCUGGUUCUGUGGCUUUUCCAGAAUCAUGGGGAAGGAGACAGGUUAUUGGAAUUCCUGGGACUGACAGGGUUUCUGUAGCCCCUGAGGUACCUGGGCCUGUGGGGGAGGAGACUGGCUCCGGGGGUGUCCUGAGAUCUUGGGGAAGGAGACAGAGUGCCAGGGUUCCUAUGGCUGCUGAGGUGCCCACGGCUCCUAGAGUGGCUGGUCCUCUGGGGGUGGAGAUUGGCUCUGGGGGGUUCUCAUGCUUGCCAGGAAGGAGACAGAAUGCAGGAGUGCCUGUGGCUGCAGGGCUGUCCACCGCUGGUGGGGUGCUGGUGGCUCCCAGGGCACCUAGGUCUUUACGGGAGGAGACUGGGUCUAGAGGUGUCUCAGGUUUAUGGGGAGAGAGAGAGACAGUGCGAGGACUGGCAGAUGGCAAGGGUCGCACAGGGAUGGGGAUGCCCACCACUGCCAGGAUGCCUGGGCCCAUGGGGGAAAAGAUGGGCCCUGGGGGCAUCUCAGGCUUGUCUGGAGGGAGAGAGACUGCAGGGGUAUCCAUGGCUGUGGGGCUGCGCACAGCCACGGAGGUGCCUGGGCCAAGCAGGGAGGAGACAGUCUCUGGAGGUCUCUUGGGCUUAUCGAGAAGAAAACAGAUUGCUGAGAUGCCUGUGGCUGCUAGAGUUUCCAUGGCUAUGGGAGUGCCCACAGCUGCUGGGGUCCCUGGGCCGAUGGUGGGUGAUACCAGCUCUGGGGAUGUCUCAGCUGUAUGGGGAAGGAGGUCAGCAACUGAGGUGUCCGCUGCUGCCCGGGCUCCAGGACCUGUGGAUGGGGAGAUCGGCUCUGAAGGUGUCUCAAGCCUGCGUAGAAGGAGACCCGAUGGAACAGUCCCUGAGGCUGUGGGGGUACCUCUGUCUUUGGGAGUGCUUGCAGCUGUAGGAGUCCCCAUGGCAGGGCGUGUGCCUGCUGCAGUGUGGGUGACUGGGUCUGCAGGCGAAGAAAUGAAUGCGGCUGUCUCAGGCCUCACAGUGGUGAGGAGUCAGUCCAUAGAGGGACCUGGGCCUUCAGGGGAGGAGACAGGAGGCGGAAGUAGCCUGGGACUGACGGGGAGGAGCCGGGCCGUGGGGGUAUCUUGUGGACGUGGGACCAGGUUAUGGAGCUGCCCAAGAUCUGUGGGGGAAGGAGCAGACUAUGAAGAUGUGCCAGAAGUGUCAAGGACAAGAAGGACUAGGGGAGUGAAUGAAGCUGCGGAAGUGCCGCCAGUUUCAAGUGAGGAAACGGACAUUGGCCGUUUCAGAGAUCAUUUACAGCAGAGUGGGAGGAGACAGACCGGAGGAGUUGGAGUGAGGGGGAGCAAUCUGGGAGAAAAUUAUGUCGGGGAGGACAGAUUGAGGGGAAUGUUCCAGUAGUGUGUGUGGGGAACAAGUUGGGGGGAUCCUGGGGCUCUUUGGGAGGGAACAGGUUAGGGGGAGAUUUGUCCUGGGUUAUGGAUGAAGGCACAGGCCAUAGGGGUGUCUCAGGAUAGGGGAGAGAGAUACUUCAUGGAGAUAUCCCACGGUAUGUGGGGUAACAAAUUGGGAGGUUUCCUGGAGCAGUGGGAAAGGGGCAGGUUGCAAGGAGAGGGAUGUCCCAGGACUUUGUAUAGGGGGAUGGUUUGGGAGUGGGUGUCCCUGGACUUUGUGCGUGUAUGUGUGUUUGUGUGUGUGUGUGUAGCAUCACUCGAGGCAUCGUGGAACUGUGGGGAUCACUUAAUUUUUUUCCUAGUGGAGAAUGGAUUAUUAGGCCUUUGGCAUCCAGGGGGAAAGUGCUGACCACGUAAAUGUCACAGAUGCCCUGGCCCCAGUCCUGCAGGCCCCUCCAGUCUGCGGCUUCAGCCCCUGGACUGUGGUGAUGUCAAGCCAGUUGGGAUUGCCUCGCUCAUGUGCCUCUUCCCAUCUUUGUUUCUGAUCAUGUCUCUACAGCCUUAGAAAUAAGGGAUCUUGGACAGCUGCCCUUAUAUUCCUAUAGAUGUGUCUGUUUUUAAGCAAUUCCAGCCUACAAACUUCGGGUUUAUUCAAAAGCUUAAGUUAGGGAUUUUUUAAAACCUGAAUUUCCUGAUUGAUUUACUGUGGAAUUUUUUUGAGAACAAAUUUCCCAGUCUGUUUAAAACUAGUCAGUUUAUGGAAAAUCAGCUUAAUUCUACAAAUGUUGAGUUAAAUUGUCUGCUAUGCUCAAAGCACUGUGUUGUGGGAAAUAUGAGAGAAGAGCAAGACAAGGCCCUUACCUUCAAGGAAUGUUGUCUAGCUGGGAAGAUGAGACAUAUACCUGUGAAAUAGGCAAUGAUUUUAGGGAAGAGCUGUUGGCCCAGGAGUAGGCUUUCGGUCUUGUUCUACGCUGUCUGACGUGAUGGGACCAGGCAGACCAGCUUCAACCUGUGUUCAUCCAGCAUCUGGUGACCAACUGGAUGAGAGGAGUGACCCCAGGAAACUUCAGACGCAGAACCAGCUGCAGUUUAAUAGGAAUGUUCCUACACAUCCAAGCAACUUGGCAGUCCGAUAUUCUUGCCCACAUGCAAUUAGAAUUGAAAAACUGAAGCACACAUACAAUGAGUCAUACCGUUGUAAAGAUUUGGAUUUUAGAAACGGUCCUGACCUAAGCAGUUCUGUUUCAUUUUCUGUCAUAUCAGAAGAGAGACUUAGCUAUGCUGUCCACCUAGCCAAAAGAGAUGUGAAACGAAGACAGUUUGAAGAACAUAUAAAAGAACAUCAUCUCAGAAGUCAUCCCCAGAUCGCUCAGAAAUGUGGUCACCCUAAGCAUAAAAUAUGUGACCAUAGGAUGGAGAGGAAGGAAUCAAAGAGUCAGGAAGUCUGUCGUUGCAGCCACCAGCCGUCCAAGGUAGAAAUUUCCAGCUCAGGUGCCAAGGUAUACCUGUACACAUCUCAUCCAGGACAGUCAGAUCUGACCAUGCCAAAUUCACCACCUGCCCAUGAUCCAGGACUUCAGCCACAUGCCAGGACAGGUGACCACAAGAGCCUAUGUGAACACAAAAGCCUGUUAGAAGUUCAGCGACUCCGGAAAGAAUUGAGCAAUUGUAUCCAUAAAAUUGAAGAAACAACUAAAAAAGAUCGGAUGGAAGGAACUUUAGAUCCAGAUGAAGAACGGCGAAUCCGAGUCAGGAGGCAGGAGCAAGCUGUUUGUUUUGCCCGGAUGCUCUACGUCCUCCAGCAGCAGGUUAAAGAAAUCCAGGAAGAAUUGGAUAAAUUGAGUCCACAUAAAAUUAAACACACUAAGAAGUCGUGGGCAGUGUCCCGGCUGGCAGCUGCCCAUAGAGGAGCCAUUCGGGCCUUACAGAUGUUUGUCACUCAGUUCACCGACCGAGGGGAGCACCCAGUCCCUGCUCGGUGUAGGGAACUGGGCAGUCUCAUUCGCCAGCUUUCACUCUGCUCUGCCAAGAUGGAUGCUGAUUCUUUUGUCCCUGAUGUGGUUAUAGAUAUCCUGCGACAAAUUGAGGCUUUGGAAUCCCUCCUAGAAAAGAAACUGUCACCAAAAAAGGCGAAGAAAUGUUUCACUGAAAUUGGGAGCAGAUUUCCUGUUGGUAGCCAGAGGACCUUGGAGAGAUGGCCAAGUACAUCACCAAAGAGCGAGAGGAGACCCUUUGUCGCAAAGGAGAUAAUUCCACAGGAAACAAGACAACCUUCAUUGGCAAAGAAGCUUCUUGCUGAUAAGUAUCAACCUGAAAGAGAGCUUCCGGUGACCCAGAGGUUGGAGAGCGAGCUUGACGUAUUAGAUGCGGAUGUACUUCCGGAAGAAGCUCCAUCUAUUCUAAACCAGAAUGCAGGCUUCAGAGAGGAGACGUUAGCCUUGGGAAGAAGAAGAGCAGCAAAAAGUAAGCCUGUGACUGAGGCUGUGCCUGGUAGGAGGAAAGAGGCUCUGGCGCCAGCAAGACUGCAGCAAGGGCUCCACAAAGCUGAAAAAAGUAGAUCAACCCAAGCUCACAGCAAAAGCAGGUUGCAACGGACAACAGUCUCAUCCAGAUUAAAAAUGAACCAACAACCCGUGAAAGACCAUAGGGCUCCUUGGAUACCUCCACACCCCACCUCCCCACCGGCAUCUCCCAAAUGUGCUGCUUGGCGAAAGGUGAAAUCUAGCCCCAAAGAUGCUGCAAAAGAACAGUCUCUCCAGCAGGAAGACACUCAAGAGGAACGUCAGUUGAGAGGUGCUGUGGAGCACGAAGCAGCUAGACUCGCUUGGCUUGAUGCUGAAACUUCCAAAAGAUUGAAGGAACUAGAAGAAUUAAAAGCCAAAGAAAUGGACAAAAUGCAAAAACAGAGGCUUGAUUGGCUUGAUGCUGAAGCUUCCAGAAGAACAAAGGAAUUGAAUGAACUCAAAACUGAAGAAAGGGAUAGACUUCAAAAAUUGAGCUAUGUUGAUUCUGCCACCCAGUUAGCAGACAAGGUAGAGAAGGCAGUUCUGGAGCGUUUGAAGCCUCUCCUGGUCAAGGCCCAGAGAGUCAAUUCUUCUCUGGAAGCAGAUACUCACUUGAAGGAUCAGCCAUCAGUAGACGCAGCGACGGCCCAGCCUGCAGAGGAGGCUGCAGCUGUUGAUUCUGAACCCAGUAGCAAUCAUCUGCUGGGUCAUUUUUUGGAAGAUAGCGCUCAUGAGCUCUGGGCUAUGACUCACUCUAAGAUCUUGGAGUCUGAAGCCUCAGACACCUUGGGGGACAGCAAGGACGGCCCAUGUCUGGAGACCAUGAUGCUCCGAAUGGAGGAAAUGGAAAAAUACCAGGAGACAGUUCGCCAAAGAUAUAAUAAAAUUGUGUAUUCUGAUCCUCAUCUUUGGAUGCAGAAAGAAAAAAAUGACCAAAAAAUCCCAGCAGUAACUGAAAGGCCUCUUUCUCCUCAUCCGAUCAGGAUCACAAAGACAGCAGCUCGCAAAGACCCAGAAGUGAACAUCGUGUUGGAAAGGCCCUGGAAUGCCAAUUCCCUGGAUGAAAGUGUGGGAACAGAGGAGAAGUCAGAGAAGAGAGAGGCUCCCCUGCUCUCCCUGUCAGAAGGUGCUCAACAGAAAGAGGGUCGAGCUGCCCUCUUGGUCCCACCCAGUAUGCGGCACAGCAUUGGUGACUACUGCAGCCGCUUUGAGCGGUACCUCCGGAUGAUAUCUCAUGAGGCCGUGGGCUCCUUCAACCCAUGGCUGCUUGCUGAAAGCUUUUCGGAAGAGCUGGUAGAUGAAGCUCUGGGGGCCGUGGCUGCUGAACUUCAGGACAUGUGUGAAGACUAUGCAGAAGCCGUGUUCACCUCCGAAUUCUUAGAGGCUGCUGCAUAGAGGCUCUCCGAGACGAGGCCCCUCCUGUCACACUGGAGAAGGGACGGCACCACUUUCAUUUGAGCCCACGGGAAAUCUAUCCUCAGCUGUCUGUCCAGGCCCAGGAGGUGCUGCCCACGGACAGGAAGGAAAUGCCAGUGAUGUCAUCCUCACUUUGCAUUUUCUCAUUGUCAUAGCGAUGGUUCUGGUAGUUUAUGAUGGAAUGUGUUAUAUUUAUCAGUGCCUAGGAAACGUGAAUAGAUUAUGAUAAUAUAAUAUUUUCUGAAUGUAUGAUUUUCCUACUGAAAUAUUAUGUUCAUUCCACUGGCUCAGUUUGGUGAUGAGAAUGUUUUAAAAGGUAAUAAAUCAGUAUAUUUGACAUAGGAAUUCCAGUUGCUAUUGAACCUGUAGGUGGCAUCAGUUACCCUCUGGUCCUGUCACCUCGCUCAUGUUUCUACCUUCUGCAGUUUCCUAUCAGGACAGCUGUCCCUCCUGGUUACAGAUUUGUGUAGGGCACAGAGUUGGGUUCUGCUGCCAAACCCUUCCUCUGUUGCAGCUUAUUAAAGAUAGGAACCCACCAGUUUUCAGUGCACAGCAAUAAACACAUUUCCCUAAUGCUCGAUUCCUAGGUGGUUUAUCACAUUUUUAGUUCCUCAGAGUCUUUUAUUGCUGUGAGUUGACAUAUUCUGAUAUACAAAACUUUCUCUGAAUUCUGAGGAAGUUUGAGGACACCAGGAGAGGACCAGCCUCUCUAGUGCCUGCUUGAAGGUCCAGAGCUCAUUUGCAUCUCUGAGGAGGUCAGAAGGUUCUGCGUUUCCUACCACAGACGAACCUUGUGUGGAGGAGGGAGUGGAUCUGGAUGGUGUGAGACUGGGUCUCCCCAGAGAAAGGAAGAAAGUUAAGAACCAUAAUAGCUUGGUCCUCAAAUGACUUAUAAGGCAUAUUUUAUCAAGAGAAAAGCCUGUGUUUUCAGAAACUCUGAAUUGGGAAAAAGAGAACGAGUGUGCGUAAAAAUAAGGCCACUGCCUGGAAGAAGUUUCCAUCAGUUUUGGCCUGAGGCUUGGUGAAGGAAGUGUGAAGAACCGAGUGGCGGGAGACGCACCCCAUGGAAUAAUGUGAAUCUUCUUAUAACACGACAGUGUUGUCCUCGGGGAUUUUUCUCUGAAGUAUAAGUAUUUCAGGUGAUAAUUUAAGCUGCUUGAUCACACUUAUUUGUGCAAAAUUGGUUUUUAUUUAAUGUUAAUGUUUUCCUGCUUAAUUUUAUAUAACCUCGGAAUUAAAGACUUGAAGGGAAAUUAAAGGUCUUUAAUUUGAGGAAUUGCGUGUGUACACUUGAAUUGAUAGGAGCGUCUGUCGUUGAUAGCUUAAAGUAAUUUGUGUGGCAGUUUUUACUGUGCUGAUUUUUAAAAUAAAUUCAGUAUUUUAAAGUA